AUUGUUCUGAUCUUUUCUGAUCAGGCGGAAUCUCUUAAGGUGGCUUAUGUGUUUUUCAAGCGCACUGAUCUGAAAUGCGAUUCAUAAAAAUACUUUAAGUGAUAUUUAUUUUCUAGAAACUAGUUUAGUUUGACAUCAAACUGCUUUCGCCAUUGAAGCUCAAGAGGAGACUUUAAUGCAUCGGAAGACCUCACGUGACCAACAUUUGAGUUGAAUGUUGAAUCAAACAUAAUUUCCCAUUGAUUUUAAGUGAAAAAUAUAGUCUAAAAACUAGCUUAGUUUGACAUCAAACUGCUUUCGCCAUAUUUAUAUUGAACGUUACGCCUGUUUAAAAAAAAAGAAGCUCCACUAUUGGAGCUUCAGAGAAGUCCUUGAAGGCAUCGAAGGAACGUGACCAACAUUCGAGUUGAAUAUGGAAUAAAACCUUAUUUCCCCCUUUUUAUUAACUAUAAGCAGUUUACAUAUAUUAUAAAAGAGAUUAGGUAAAACAAAAUACAUUUUUAAAAAGCCCAAUAAUAUUAUAUAUAUUUCCGCAGUCGGUCACGUGAGCUAAAACGUCAUCGUUGUCACGAGACGAACUACGGUCGCUUAAAACCCCACUUCCGGAUUCAGAGAGGAUUUUUAUCAACAUGGCUUCUGCGUUCGUCCUCGGGGAUAAAUUCAGAGACACGUUGACGGAGCUGUUGGAGAAGAAGGACUCGAGUCUGCCCGAAAGGUUGAGAGAUGAACUGGAGGCGACUCUCGGGAAACCAGAGCCGACGGUUCUGUCCUUUCGGGCGGCGAGGACGCUGCAGAAAUACCUCCAGGACAAAGGCCAUCCUUUCCACCUGCACGAGCUGUUGGACGGCGGCUCGCUGCACCUGCCUGAGGUCGUGACCCCGCCCAGGAACCCGGCGCUGGUCGCCCGUCUGGAGCGGAUCAAAGUCAAACUGGCCAACGAGGAAUACAGCCGGAUCACACGCAACGUCAACACGCAGGAGAUCCGACGCAGUGGAACGCUGGCAGACUUUGGACGAGAAAUGCGGUCGGUGAAGGCGGUGGUGGCGACCGUGUUUAACUUCCUGGUCACGGUGGUCGCUGCGUUCGCCUGCUCCUACCUGGGCAGUCAGUACCUGUUCACGGACACCGGGGCGCGCGUCAUCGCGGCGGUGAUCGCUGCGUCCGUCGUGGGGCUCGCCGAGCUGUACGUGUUGGUCCGGACCAUGGAGGGCGAGAUGGGGGAGCCGUAGGAACGACGACCUUUACGCUUUUUAAAAAAAAGAUUAUUUAUUCUUCGGUGGAACGAAAGAUGAGAGAAUCCUCAGAGCGACGCUUCACGACGACUGAACAUCUUUGUAUACAAAAAAUACUUUAUCUGACGUUCCACUUCAAUGUUCGUGUACCGAAACUUCUGGGGAGGACCUUGAACGCCUCGCUCGAAGACACUCGGACGUGUGCGGACCGUCCGGUCGGGGAAUGGAACCACCGACCUCGUGGUCGAAGGAGAGACAGACGCCUCCUUUUGUGUUUUUCUUAUUCAAUCAAAAAUGAUAUUUCUUAUUUAUUUAUAAUUAUAAAUACAAUUAUUUCAUCUUG